AUGUGUCGAGUAUUCCACACCAAAUUGCUAGAAUUUAUAGACGACAUCACCGCCAAACAAUAUUUUGGAGUUCCACUCAAAUCUAUUCACACAGUGGAAUUCCAGAAGCGAGGUUUGCCACAUGCUCAAGUCCUCUCAACACUUAGACCCGAGGAUAAAUUGGAUACUGAAGCUGCUGUGUGCGACGAGUUACCAGAUACAGAUCCGGAGUCCCGUUUGUAUGACAUUGCAAGAAAUUUUUCCAGAAAGAAUUUCGGACAACAGACAUACGGGGCAACCAGAAUGGUCUCGGUCAACACGAGUAUAAGCGGCCCGAUGAUGGACAGGUGGCAGUUUUGGGUGGACCCCUAAUCGAUAAUCGCGAUGUCAUUCCAUACAACAAAUUAUUGUCGAUCAAAUACGAUUUUCAUUUAAACGUCGAACUGUGUGGAAGUUCAGAGUUGAUGAAGUAUUUGUACAAGUAUUCAGAGAAGAGACCUGACUUUAUAUCUGUACAGCAUGCUAAAUCAGAUGAUAACGUCUCCCUUCGAGAAGAGAAUGCCGUUAUGGGUAAUUUUACCGCCAUCGGUGCGAAUGAUAAUGACAAUCGUGACCAUCAACGUAAUGUUGUUGAUUGGAAUGAAAUCGAUAAUUAUCAGAAUUACCGAUACGUCAAUUCAAUGGAGGCCUGUGGGCGAUUAUUCGAAUAUAACAUCAGUGAUAGAUCCCACAUGGUAAAAGUUCUACCGAUCCACGAAGAAAGCGAUCAUCAAAUCAUAUUUGACAAAGGUCUC